GUUCACUGCACUUGUACUGCACCUGCACUUUCUGUCAAGCCACCCUCCUCUGUGAUCUACGAUCAUCGAUGGUCAACCAAACACCCGUCCAAGAGUUACUCUUGAACAUGAAAAUCAAAACAGAGGCCAAAAUGCCGUCUACUCCCACUGACGAGAUUUUCGACUCCAGUGUCCCAGCAUCACCUACUUCAGUUUUUGACCGCAGCCAAAAUGGUUCACUGGAAGAUCGAGUCAUCUUACUUCUGGCCGGAUUAAUGGAAGCUGGUCAAGAGGACGAAAAUACGUGCAAAGAGCUCAAUAACCUCACCAAACUUCUUACCGAUGAUUCAGAAGAUGAAACUAGGUCUACCGAGCCACAUAGACCCUUGUACGAGCUGGUUGAUCUAGACUCGGUGGAAACUGUUCUGGGUUAUCUUGAUAUGCGCCAAUCGCCGGCCGUGAGGGGUCAUGCAACCUUAACCACAUCAGCAUAUCUCAAGGCGGCUGGCGACAAGGGUGUCGAGUAUUUAUCACAAUUCUUCUAUUCUCGAGUCCAGAAAGGCACAUAUGACGAUUUCAUUCUUGCGUUCUCUGUUGCGUCGUCGAUAUUUCCCAUUGUUCCUGAUGUUACAGCCACACUUUUCCUUAGCGAGGGGUUUGUGCCCAGUCUUGGACCCUUGAUGAAGCGAAAAUGGAAGAGUAGGAAAGUGGAACAGGCUGCUUUGGAAAUGUUGAAUGUGGCCUGUAUGAAUACUCCUUGUCGAGACGCUAUCAAGAAAUACUGCACAGAAUGGUUGGAAGAAAUGGUCAAUUUCGUUCCACCUACCCCUGCAGACGUACCUGCUGCAGACCUGUCACAUGUGGUAGAAGAUGGCUCCAUUCAACAACGAAUACAUUCUCCUUCCGUUGUGAACUUGGCGGCUGUUGUUUUGGCAAAAUUACAGGUAGGAAAUAUUUCAAUUACCAUGUAUCUCAAUGUCGUUAAUGUGCUCAAAGUGCCAUGACUGACUUGGUUAUGAAGGUUGUCUCUUCAGCGCCCUCUGCUGAUACAGAAGAGAGAAUACAACCUGCAACGACGAGUAUGGAAGAUCUUUCUGAGAUGUUUAAAAACAUGCUCUCCACAGAAUCAUCCCAACAGAGUUCGAUCGAAGGUCUGGCCUAUGCAUCCUUACAGCCAAAGGUCAAAGAGAAGUUGGCGAAUGACAAACAAUUUUUGAAAAGUCUCAUUAAGGCAUUAGCCGAGGCACCGCCAAAGUCGCCUGCCACUUAUGGAGCUCUCAGUACUCUUAUGAAUCUCACAGUCUACAUGCCUUCGCUUACCGAAGAGCAAAAGAAAAUAAGUCAAUUAAAGGCUUAUGCAAAUGCUUCCAAAUCUCCUGGAGCGCCAGAUCCGCUCCACGAUGAUGAUCAUGUCUCCAAGCGAUGUCAAGCGGUUUUUGACGCUGGUGUUAUUCCUGUUCUAGUCACUCACAGCCAACAUGGCUCGAUAGCGUCUCUCACAAUAGUAGUUUCAAUCGUCUUUUCUCUUUCGAAGACUUCAAAAAUUCGAGGACAGAUGGCACAACAAGGAGCAGUCAAACUUCUCUUACACGCUUAUUCGAUAUUCGAAAACGACAGCCUGACUGCGAGACGGACCACAGCGCAUGCUUUGGCACGGAUUCUGAUAUCAACCAAUCCACUUCACAUCUUCGGAGGCUCAAAUCCUCUACCUCUCACUUCUUCUAUUCGGCCUCUUCUACUCCUCCUUUCCGACGACCCAACAUCAGAACAACGCGAUCUGCUCCCAGUAUUUGAAUCCUUAUUAGCUCUCACCAAUCUCGCUUCCACAGACGACACCGCACGAAACCCCAUAAUCCGCAACGCCUUCCCCCAGAUCGAAGAACUCUUCCUUUCAAACAACAAAAUGAUCACCUGUGCAACGGUGGAGCUCAUCUGCAACCUCAUGCAAUCACCGGAAGGUGUAGCCAAAUUCGCAGAUGGAAGUAAACAAGCAAGCCACCGCAUGCAUAUCCUUCUCGCCCUUACCGACUCGGAGGAUUUCGAGACGAGGAGAGCGGCAGGCGGUGGAUUGGCGAGUUUGACGGAGUGGGACACGGCUGUGAAUGCGAUUCUGGAGCGGGAUCGUGGUGUUUCUUUGCUCUUGGGCAUGUGUAAGGAUAAAGGAGAGGAGCUGAGACAUCGAGGUGUGGUCUGUGUCUUGAAUGUUCUUACGGCGCCUGGGAAGGUGGGAGAAUGGGGGGUUAAGAAGGUGAGGGAGGAGGGGGGUGUGGAUGCGCUGAAGGAGUGUCUGAAGAAAUCUAGGAGUCAAGAGGUUCUGGAGAUUACGGUUGAGGCGGUGAAGUUGUUGCUUGGUGAUGAGAAGCCUGCGCCUGCGGAGCAGAAGCUGAUUGAGUAG